AUGUCGGGGACGAAGAGCAUGAACACGAGCUCCUCGGGCGGGGGAGUUAGGUCGUGGGGAUCGACGACUUCGGUUUCGACGUCUGGGAAGAGGAUACAGAUGGAGAUGCUGGAAUUGAAUACAGACCCACCUGCUGACUGCUCUGCUGGACCCAAAGGCGACAAUCUCUACCAAUGGAUCUCCACCAUCAUCGGUCCUCAAGGAUCACCAUACCAAGGUGGUAUUUUCUUUCUUGACAUUACAUUUCCAAGUGAUUAUCCAUUCAAGCCUCCCAAGGUAGUAUUUAAAACUCGAAUCUACCAUUGCAAUGUUGAUUCUGCUGGCAACGUUAGUUUGGACAUCUUGAAAGACUGGAGUCCUGCUCUAACAAUUUCGAAGGUGCUACUGGAAAUCAGAUCAGUUUUCACCAAUCCAGACCCUUAUAAUCCUCUAGUCUCAAGCAUUGCACAUUUAUACUUGAACGAUAGAGCUAAACAUGAUGAAGUAGCGGCGGAAUGGACCAGGCGGUUUGCUAUAUAAAUCUUAAUCACAUAAUAGAUAAAGGACUUGAAAGAGUGGUAGAAGCAUGGACUGAAUUUUGUAUAUUCAGUCAUCUUUUUACAGCAUACAUGUUUAUCAGCAAAACAUAGAAUGUUGGUUCCGCACGAGCCCGUCCUUGCAUUGUAAGUAGCAGUUUUCUUUUAAGCGUGCUUCCUUUUUAAACA